AUGGGCAAAUGCUGCAAGUGCAACGGGAGGCUGCUUUGCAUGUGCCUGCUGCCUUGCAUGAUGACCGGCCACCUUUUGAUUUACAUCCUGGUGACCAUUUUCGUCACCAUCUCCUACACUCCUCCGAAAAUAACCGUCCACUACAUCGCUCCGGGGAUUUCUGCAAAUUCCGGGGCCUUGGCCUCUUAUCCACUCAGCCCCUUCUGGAAGCUUCAUCUUGAGCACAGCGCACUAUGGAAUCAGUUGCAGCACUCCUUGGAUCGUCACUACAAUCCGAUACUUCGAGGAAAUGCGACUCGUACAUGGAAGGAGUCCAGAGCAAAAGAUUCAUCUCAGGAUGAAUGCUUUUCUGCUUGUGUGUCACGCAAGUGUUCAGACUCACAUCUGUAUGAUGUCGACAAAAUACCGGCACAAUUGAGAACGUUUGUCAAGUCGAUGCAUUGCAGGAGUUACCCGAUCAUCAUCAAUCAACCCACCAUGUGCAAAAGGAACAGUACCAAAUCAGCUCUUCGUUAUCCAAUGCUUCUCAUAGCAAUCAAAUCUCAAGUGGGGAACUUUGAAAACAGGCAAGCCAUCCGUGAAACCUGGGGGCGCAGUGGUUUUGUGACGGGGGAGUUCAAGAAGAAAGGUGGAUUCGUGCAGACUGUGUUUCUGCUCGGCAGGCAGGACUCCAGUACAGGACCUCACCCGGAUUUGAAAAACUUCCUGGACCUAGAGAAUCGAAAAUACGCUGACAUCCUACAAUGGGAUUUUCGGGAUUCUUUCUUCAACCUGACCCUGAAGGACUUGCUGUUUUGGAAGUGGCUCCAGAAAUACUGCCCCACCGCUGUGUUCAUCUUCAAGGGGGACGAUGACGUCUUUGUCCGAACCGGUGCACUUCUCGAUUACUUAAAUCAGCAGUGGGAGGAUCACAAACGGCGUCCGGCAAAUGAAACACGAAUGGAUUUGUUUGUGGGGGAUGUCAUUAAUAACGCAGCGCCAAACCGGGAUCCAUCGACCAAAUACUACAUCCCGGAAAGUUUCUACAAAGGAGCCUACCCGACGUAUGCCGGAGGAGGCGGGGUGGUGUACUCUCGCUCACUUGCGUUACGAUUAAAAGCGGUGUCCCGCAGGGUUUGCCUUUUCCCAAUCGAUGAUGUCUACCUGGGAAUGUGCAUGGAAAAACUCGGGCUGUCUCCAAGUCAUCACCCGGGUUUUUUAACAUUUGACCUCCCGGAGACAGACAGGGAGAAUCCCUGCGCGUAUAAGUCUGUGCUGCUUGUUCACAGGCGGAAUCCUAAGGAGAUGUUGACAUUAUGGCACAAGUUGCAGAAUUUGAAGAGUCGAUGUUGACGUUUCAUUCCGUCUUAAAAGGACAA